UGAAACUUCUAAAUUUUUAGAUUUUGGUCAAGUAUAGAUUCAGCAUAUUGAUUUUUUAAGCCUAAUUUCGGAUAUUCUAUGUCAUUUUUCAGAAAGAUUCUUUUUUAGGAUAAAAACCGGCAUGUUGACCUAGAUUCGCCGCGUCCUAACAUUCCCACUAUUUGGAUUCGCCCGGUGAUUGAUAAACACUGACAUUUCAUUUACAACGGUAGUACGAGAAAAAUAUUAGUAUUUCAACCGAAAGAAACUUAGGAUUGACAAAACCGGUAGCUGCCGUGACAAGUGUGAUGAUGCAGUGCUGAAAUAUGGAGGGUUUAUUGUGUGUCUGAGUGUUUAUUCUGAGUUUGUUGAGUUUUCUUCUAAUGCUGACUGGGGUUAUAUUUUGGCAAUUCGCCAGUGUAGGAGGUUUGACAGCAGAAAGCCUUUGGGACCCGGGCGCUGUAAAUGACAACGGAGGGAGUCGACAUGCUUAAGUACCUGACGCAGAAAUUUAGAUCUCAAUCUCUAAACGAAAUCCAAUCCAUUCAAAAUAAGGGUGACGAGGACCAUGAUUCGGGGACCGAGUCGGAUGAGGACAUCCACGACCUGGAGGACUUAGAUGAUACUGGUUCCGUUUGUUGCCAGCAUUGUUACUGUUCUUGCAAUCAAACCUCAAUGUCAAGGACAACUCACGAGAUAAGUGAACACAGCUUGGACAGUAUUAGUUGUACCUCGGACUAUGAGCGACAGAGCCUGGACUUUGAAAGACACAGCUCGGAAGAAGAACUGUCAACGAUACACAAAGGAAUAACAUCGGAGAAACGGAAGUGGUCACACGCGCAUUCAGCAAGCUGUGACAGUACCGGAAGUGUAGAUGAAGAAGUCAAAGAAUUAAUGCUGGAACCCCAACCGAUCUUGUUCAGUUCUUCGCCGCCGAAAGACAUAACCGUUGACUGUAUUUCACUGAACCAAAAUAACGAACAAAUUUGUGAUGAAACAAUACAAUUCAUAGUUGGACCAGAGUCUCAGAAAUCAAAUUUCAGAUCAGAAAACCCUUGUGCUGUAGUUAUAACUAAAGACAAGAGAACGCACAAAGCUAACACAUCACAGUCUAAAAUAACGUACCCAAAAGGCACCGUUCCUAUGUUAAUUUCCCCAAGAAAACGCCAUCGUAAAGUUUCCGUCUCAGACAACAAGAACGAGUCAUCGUCCACCAUGAGACGCCCAAGUCUCGACUUCGAGAAAAUGCAGAAAAAUGCGGUGAAGAAACAAUGUGUACACAGUGUUGGCAAAGCGAAAGUCGUUAAAAUCAAGACCGUAAGCGGAAGCAAUGCGGUGACUUCAAAAUGUUUGUCGGACCCCGCCAUAUUCUCCUUCCGGUCCAUAAGUAGCGUCCGGUUCGGACAGCUUACUCCCGUGGAACAACCGCCAUGUGCGUACUAAAGAUGGCACUACCGUGGUGAAUACGGAAUGUGAUCACAGAUAUGGACAAAUAUGAUGCAGGGGACACAAAAUAGUGCGUUAGGUAGUGUUGGAUUACAAUGCUUAUUAUUUCUCAGGCAAAACUGUUUUCCUCAGGAAAAGACGAAAAGUACAACGCGGUAGGGGACAGAGGGACAAGAUGUGUGUAUGAAAGAGAAUGAGUGCAUAGCUCCGGACUACGGAGAAUGGAGAUGUUGUGUUCAAAGACAGGUCGUUUGGUGUUUUUAUUUUACCAAGAACAACAUAAUUAUAUUGAUAUCACAAGUGACUUGAAAAUGGCAAACUCUCAUCGUCAACCUGUGUACGCGUACUGUGUGGUUCACAUCAGAAUCUUGCCAUGCGACAUUUAUUUUCAUAUCCACUAUUUAAACGCACAGAUUUCUUUGUAGGAACAUUUAUACAUUUUAUGAAUGUGUGUAAAAGCGUAGUCCUCCCCACAUUUUCUACCUCCAAUUACUAGAGAUUACUAUAUGUAGAUCAUGUCUUUCCAAUGUUGUAUUACCACUUUGGUCACAUUAUUGACGGAAGUUCCAUACAACCUCUAGUUUUUUAUUCCCUAUAUACGUCUGUGUAACUCCUUUUUGUAUGCUACUUGAUGUGAUGAAAUAGUGUCAUGUUGUGCAUUAAGUAUCAUUAAUUUUCUUCAUUUCCUGUUAAAGAUCUGAUAUUGCACAAAGUAAUCGAUUGUGUCGCAUGUAAUGUGAUACCUUGCAAUAGCGAGAAAUGGGAAGGGGUCCUGAUAGAAACAAUGAGACGGCCGAUGUUCUAUAUAUUAACAUAGGUAUAGGUUUGCAUCAAUCAUGCAGCUGUUUGAAGCCAUUAUACGCAUAUCUACGCCGAAUCUCCAAUAGGAUGCAACGGCGCAAAACGCAAUUAUUAUAUAGUGAUACAAGUUAUUCGGAUACAUCUGGAAUGAUCGUUUUUACUUUAAUUGCUGAAUUGAAACAUUAUCAUUCACUGUGUCAUUCUUUAUCGAUCACUGCAGAAUUGUUCACUGCCAAAAUAAUGGCCUCUUCCCCCCAAAAGUCACUUGGUAGUACCCUCAAUAUCUAGUAAACGACACGUGACUUUUCCCGUCAGCAGUUGUCCAGAUCAUGAUGACCUGCCUAUGACAUUUGUGCAAUAAUAGGACUUUUCCAUUUUAUCCACCUUUUUUGAGCCGUGAAGUGGCUAUCGCUGGUCGAUCAGCCAUUCUGUGUAAAACGGACGCUUCUCCAUGUCUUUUGAUAUAAAGAACCCAUAGCAUGCGAGAACGAUUAGAAUAAUCUGUUUUGUUUUUAUUAAAGACGCACAAUGUAUAUUUUGUUUGUUUGAUACGUUCAGGAAGUCGGCGUAGAUCUGUGUGAUUACAUGACGUUUGAUGUUGUCGAGUUACAUAUGUACUGUUCACUGUGUAGGUGGGCCGCGUUCUUUAUCACAGCGAGUCGACACAGCUCUUCGCUCGCAGCACAUAGAGACCACAUAGAGAACGGUGUGUAUAGACGCACAUAAACAAAUAUUAUCCACGUCUCUUUAUUUAGUUUUAUUGAUACUAAUCAACUUAAGUAGAAAGUGUGAUCAAACGCCAGUCUAUGACCCGUUUGAAAUUAUUUUCUUAUUUCUUUACAUAUCAAAAGUGUGAUUAGAGCAAUCAUCAAGUUGAACAAGCCUGUUCUAAACGGGGAUAAUUCAGGAAACCCGGAUCGAAAGCAAUUUUCUGGGUAAUAUACAUGAAUUAAAGCCUAUCAUAUACAUGUUUGACAGACUUUGAAAAUAUCGAUAUCAAAAAAACUAUCAUCACGCCUAAUGCUAGGACGGAGAUAAAGGGAAAGUGGUCGUUUAAUUUCGCGCCAUUGUUCAGCACGACCUCGUUGUCGCGAUGAAUGCUCUGGAAAUCAAAAGGAUCCGCUACAAAUAGCUCUUACGUAAUAUGAAUAUGAGAUAAAAUAUUUUUGUAAGCAUUUUCUCUCUACUUUGGUAAGGAUAUAACUAUUCCAAUUACGAAUGGCAAAAGUACAUACAGUUAGGAUAUAUGGACUUUGUACCUGUCAUGAUUGACUAUGGUAUGUGUAUAGAUAUUAUUGUAUACAAGUUCUUAGUUUUUGUGUACUUUUUUGAACAAAGUUUCCGACUGCAAUGCAAGUGAAUGAAACGUAAUAAAAAACUAAAAAUUAA